AUGGUGGUCCUACCCAAAGUGCUUUUCGGUUAUCCAGAUCUCGAGAUUGCGGUACGCGGCACGGCCGAGCUGAUGUUCGAAUCGAACGCUUUCUUCGGCAUGCUAAUGUUUUCCUUUCAACGCGACAACUACGAGCGAUUGGUGCAUCAGCUGCAGGAUCUGGCAGCUCUAGAGCUGGGAGAGUACCUGAUCUCAGUGAACCGACGGGUCGAUCGGUUCUCCAAAAUUUACUGCUGCUGUCACUUUUCCAUGGCAACGUUCUUUUGGUUCAUGCCCGUCUGGACGACCUAUUCCGCCUACUUUGCUGUGCGCAACAGCACGGAACCGGUCGAGCACGUGCUGCACCUCGAGGAAGAGUUGUACUUCCUUCACAUCCGGACUUCGAUGGCGCACUAUACGUUUUAUGUGGCCAUUAUGUGGCCCACGAUCUAUACGCUCGGAUUUACCGGUGGCACAAAGCUGCUGACCAUUUUCAGCAAUGUUAAGUACUGUUCGGCCAUGCUGAAGCUCGUUGCACUCCGAAUUCACUGUCUAGCGAGAGUAGCGCAAGACCGAGCGGAAAAGGAGCUGAACGAGAUCAUUUCCAUGCAUCAGCGGGUACUUGACUGCGUGUUCCUGCUGGAGACAACAUUCCGCUGGGUGUUUUUCGUGCAGUUCAUUCAGUGUACAAUGAUCUGGUGCAGUCUCAUCCUCUACAUAGCGGUGACGAGCUAUAGCGUUGCCCUCGCCAUUUACGAUAGCGAGUGGUACAAGUUUUCCAUUUCGAUGCGCCGCAAACUUCGCCUGCUACUGCAACGAUCCCAAAAACCGCUCGGCGUAACGGCGGGCAAGUUUCGCUUCGUCAAUGUGGCCCAGUUUGGCAAGAUGCUCAAGAUGUCCUAUUCAUUUUACGUAGUACUGAAGGAGCAAUUUUAG